AACCCAGGGUCUCCCGGUUCCACGGCCGCUCGGUCCGUCGGUCCUUCGUAUCAAUUAAGCGCCGACUGUGUGCAGGACGUAUCGUACGCUGGGGAGGGUACACUGUAACAGACGCAGUCCCCGCCCGCGGUAUCCUCCCGGAUGACCUCGCUUCCCGCAAAAUGAGCGCCUCCGCCGUCCUUCUCAGGCUUCUGUCCCGGAGGCCCGCGGUCCCGUUCCCGGUGCCUCUCGGGAAAGGACAGGCGUCGCGUCCCCGGCACGCGUCCUCCCGUCCCCCGAAGGAGGAGACGGGGCCCCCGGCAGCCGAGAAGCUGGAUCUGGACGGGUGGAAGGAGGCGGCGAGAGGCGACGGCCGGGGGGAGGUCCCCCGCACGGCGCCGGGAGGCCGGGAGGACGCCGCCGCCGCCGCCACCAGAGAGUUCAUCGAGAUGUGGAGGCUCCUGGGCAAGGAGGUGCCGGAACACAUCAGCGAGGAGCAGUUCCACGCCGUCCUGCGGUGCCCCUCCAAGUCAGCCAAGAAGAAAUACCUGAAGUUCCUGUUCACCAAGGAGAAGCGGAAAAAGGCCGACAGGGCGAGGAAGGAGAGGAAGAGGGCGGCGAGGGAGGAGGAGGCGGAGGGGAGCGAGGACGCCGAGCACGGGCCGAAGAACACCUUCCUCCGGAGGAUCUACCAGAAGGCCAUGGAGGUCCAGUGGGGCUGGCGCGCGGCCCAGGCCAUGACCUUCGGCCAGCCGCUGCUGUUCGACAUGGCGUACGAGCACGUCAUGACCCGGGUGGAGCUGGAGAACGCCGUCAGGCAGCUCCUGGAGAGCGAGGGCUGGAACCGGCGAGCCGCCGACCCCUUCCACAUCUACUUCUGCAACCUGCGGCCGGGCGGCGCCUACCACCGGGAGCUGGUCGAGCGCUACGGGGGGAAGUGGGACCGGCUGCUGCUGACCGCCACGGACAAGCCCCCCGUCGACCUGUUCCCCCGGAGCGACCUGGUCUACCUGACGGCCGACUCGCCCAACGUGAUGACGGCCUUCAGGCCCGACAGGGCGUACGUCGUCGGGUCCCUGGUGGACAGGAACAUCCAGAAGGGGCUGUCGUUCGCCCACGCCAAACGGAUGAACGUCGCGACCGAGCGGCUCCCCCUGGACAGGUAUCUCAACUGGGAUGCCGGCGGGAAGAACCUCACCCUGGACCAGGUGACGCGGAUCCUCAUGAGCGUGAAGGACAGCGGGAACUGGGAGGAAGCCCUCAGGUUCGUGCCCCGGAGGAAGCACAGCGGCUUCGUGGACGCCUCCGCCUACCCGCGGGAGCUGCUCGACGGCCUGAGGAAGCCGAGGGCGAAGGCCGGGGCUCCCCGAGGGCAGAGGAGGGGAAAGACCGCCGGGCUCUAGCGACCGCGGGGGUGGAAACGGGGGGCGGUUCGCAUCGGGGACCGGUCCGAUUUGGAGCGAAGGGACGACUCGCGUCACUGAAUGCCGUGGUCGCGGGCCGGGAGGGCGAGGAGCCGAGCCCUCUCGCGUCGACGUGUUAAAUGUGGAGCCCGCGAACGAACGACCUCUGCCGCACCCCAUUAAAGUCGGACUCCCCGCCACCUCGGCUUCCA